AUGGGUUCACCAGCAACAUGCACCCAGUCACUGGUAAAUAUCACCUCAAGAAAGAUCAUUAGACCCUCGUCUCCAACUCCUCAUCACCAAAGAACUCUCAACCUCUCUCUUUUGGACCAAAUCUUCCCUCCUACCUUAUACCCUGCCAUCAUAUAUUUCUACUCCAGUGAUCAUUUUCCUUCAAAUGAUGUUUCGGAGAGCUUACAAAGAUCGCUGUCUAAGGCUUUGGUUCAAUUUUAUCCCCUGGCCGGCCGACUAAAUGGCCCUGCUUCCGUCGACUGCAAUGAUGAAGGGGCUUAUUUUCUUGAGGCCCAAGUCAACUGCCAGCUCUUGGACUUGCUUAAACUUCCUGAACACAGCUUACUCAACAACCUCAUCCCGGAGUUUGAUCCUCAAACUGCCCAUUCCGCUUUAGGUUCUGCAGUUUUGCUUGUCCAAAUGAGUCGUUUUAACUGCGGAGGAAUCGCCCUUGCUGUGUCGCUGUCGCACAAGAUCGCAGAUGGAACCUCAUAUCAAAUAUUUGUACGAGCAUGGGCAGACAUACAUCGUGACCAUGAAUAUGAGAGUCAACUAAUGGUACCACAGUUUAACGGAGCAUCUCUGUUGCCGGCUAAAGACUACUUUGUAAACAACUUAGGGUUACCAAAGUGGUUGCCAGAGUAUCAAGGUUUAACUACUAGGAGGUUCGUGUUUGAUGUCACGAAGAUUGCCAAUCUCAAGGCUAAAAUUGGAGGUACAAAUGUACAACUUGUUUCAGCAAUCAUCUUGAAAAGUGCUCGUGCUGCUUCUUAUCAAUCCAAGCCAGAGACGAGUUCAACUACAACAGUGUUGUCGCAAGCGGUAAGUUUCCGUAGAAGUAUGGGUUCGGUAGUAGGGGAAAAUGCCAUGGGAAAUUGGUUUUGGCCAGUUCAAGUGGUAUUCAAACCAAACGAGAUGGAACUACAUGAGUUGGUGGCAAAUAUGAGGAGAGACAUAACAGACUUCUACAACGAAAAGGCCGGCAAAUUCAAAGGGGAAGAUGGGUUCUUGGUGAUGUCUGAGUUGUUUAGAGAGAGGGGCGAGCUUUAUAGAAACACCAAGGGAUGCAUCAGUGUUUAUAGGGCCACAAGUUUGUGCAAGCUCCCUGUAUAUGAAGUUGAUUUUGGGUGGGGGAAACCAACAUGGGUUACUGGCCAAAGCAACCAGAAGAACGUAUUUGUGCUGUUUGAUACAAAACGUGGCGAUGGGAUCGAAGCAUGGGUGACACUUGAUGAAGAAGAUAUGGCCAUAUUUGAGACUGAUAAGGAGCUUCUUUCAUUCGCUUCUCUAAACCCUAGUGCUAGUGUCAAUCAUCACUCUCGUAUGUGA